CUGCGGAUGCUGCAGCCAGAGCUCGCAGCGCCGCGGUGUUCGGCGCGAGCCGGCGUGGGCAGGUCCCCGGCGCUCUCGGGGUUGCGAGCUGGGGGCGUGGCGGGCGCCCGCGCAGCCAAUCGGCGGCGAGGGUGGGCCCGGGCGCCGCCAGCUGACCGAGCACCCGCGACGGUCGCUGGGCAGCGAGCGACGGCGAUGGCGACCGUGAUGGCAGCGACGGCGGCGGAGCGGGCCGUGCUGGAGGAGGAGUUCCGCUGGCUGUUACACGACGAGGUGCACGCCGUGCUGAGGCAACUGCAGGACAUCCUCAAGGAGGCCUCGCUCCGCUUCACUCUGCCAGGCUCAGGCACCGAGGGGCCCACGAAGCAGGAAAACUUUGUCUUGGGCAGCUGUGGCACAGACCAGGUGAAGGGCGUGCUGACACUGCAGGGAGACGCGCUGAGCCAAGCGGAUGUGAACCUGAAGAUGCCCAGGAACAACCAGCUGCUGCACUUUGCCUUCCGGGAGGACAAGCAGUGGAAACUGCAGCAGAUCCAAGAUGCCAGGAACCACGUGAGCCAAGCCAUUUACCUCCUCGCCAACCGAGAUGAGAGCUACCAGUUCAGGACGGGAGCAGAGGUCCUCAAGCUAAUGGACGCUGUGAUGCUGCAGCUGACCAGAGCCCGCAACCGGCUCACCACUCCUGCCACCCUCACUCUGCCGGAGAUUGCUGCCAGCGGCCUCACGCGGAUGUUCGCCCCCACCCUGCCUUCUGACCUCUUGGUCAACGUCUACAUCAACCUCAACAAGCUCUGCCUCACCGUGUACCAGCUGCACGCCCUGCAGCCCAAUUCCACCAAGAAUUUCCGCCCAGCUGGAGGUGCUGUACUGCACAGCCCUGGGGCCAUGUUCGAGUGGGGCACGCAGCGCCUGGAGGUGAGCCACGUGCACAAGGUGGAGUCUGUGAUCCCCUGGCUCAACGACGCCCUGGUCUUCUUCACUGUCUCCCUGCAACUCUGCCAGCAGCUCAAGGAUAAGAUCUCUGUGUUCUCCAGCUACUGGAGCUGCAGGCCUUUCUGAACAGAGUGCCCAAGAGCCUGUCCCCUGGGAGUGGAGCCCAGGACAUCCAUCCUCCCUACACCCGCCCCCCGCCCAACCAUAGUGCCGGCCAGGGCCGGGCACUGCAGGCUAUUUAUUUCCCCCUUCACGCUACCCUGCCUGUCACCCCUGCACAGACGGGAUGGAACACUGGAUCCGCUGGGAGGAAGGGAUGCAGGUGGGCUUUUUGUUUUGGAUGGGGAAGAUGAGGAGGCACAAAGUGUCCUCCAGUCCACAUCCUGGCCUCCCGACAGGGCAGGAGCCUUUGGACUUGGGCUGGAACCAGGCUCUCCUUCCUUCCCCCUUCAUCUCCUGCCUGGCCCCACCCCUAGGAGGGCGAGGGGCAGCCACGUAGCUCUUCCCGCUUGAGCCUAAAGGGUGGGCUGGGAGGGAAGAAGGACAGAAGCGCCCCUCACCACGAGCUGUAGUGUCCUUGACUGCAUUCACUCUGCAGCCCUGGCGGGGCGUCCAAGAAAUAAAGAUUGUCUGACUUUGACUG